GCAUCCAAUGGGCGCAUGCGUCUCGCGAGCUAACGUCGCUAGGUAAAGAUGGCGGCGGGCACCGAUUUGCUGGACGAUGUUUUUCUCAAUACAGAGGUGGACGAAAAAGUAGUUAGUGAUGUAGUCGGAUCUUUGGAGUCUGAGCUAACAGAAACCGGUUGCGUCAACACAUCGACCAGGGUUCAACCUGCAGCAAAUCACACUGGCAACUCAUUAGUACGUACUUCCAAUGGUGAGAGUAGUAAAAUGGGACUUUUACAACAAGAAAACGAUACAGCAGGGACAGGAGGCGUCCUUAACAGUACAGGCUCCCGCGAUUCUAGCAUGGAUGGAGCGACAAGUGCGAGCAAGACAGCCGCUCAGGCUGAAUCCGACCCGGGGACAGUCACGGGAGUUGUUACGGAUACAAGGAACCCCCACGCGGCUGCUGCGCAAACUUUGAAUGGAAGCGCCGCUGUGAUGAGCUGUCACAUACCCGCUGGCGCAUCCGCUGACGGCGGCGGUGACAGCUCGCAGUCCGCCGUCACGCUUGUCAACAACGGACCCGUUUCUGAGAGCAGAGGUUCGUCUCCUGCGUGUAGUACGAUCGUUCGAACUUCGACGACAGGUGACGGAUCCCACGUCAAAGCCGACACUUCGCCUCAGCCCUCGGCGCAAAGUGUGCCCACAGUUACGCUCGUGAGGCCACCUAUGCAAACUCUCAUUAGCAACAAGUCGGACUCCACAAAAGCGGUGACACAGACUUGCAAUGCACAAGUGGCGUCAGUUGUACCAACGGGGAUCGCGCCGAGCACGAAGAGCCCCGCUGUUUUACACAACCUGAGGACUUCGGUGCCGUCGACGCUAGCUGCCACCCCUGCUGCUGGAAUACGUGCCGCUGCUCCACCGGCGCUGGCACCUCGGAUCACCCAACCUCAACAGAACGUCCAGAACAUCCAGCUGCCUCCAGGCAUGGUCUUGAUCCGCAGUGAGAGUGGGCAGCUGCUGAUGAUUCACCAGCAGACCUUAGCUCAGAUGCAGGCUCAGUCGCAGUCCCAAAGUGCUGUGACACCGCGACCUGCAGCUCCCACCAGCACUCCAGCUGUCCAGCUUACUUCUUUACAGGCUUCAGGUACAUCAAUACUGACCCGGUCUGUUACCCCAACCACUAUUAUAAAACAAGGAUCCACUGUGCAAACCACUGUGACACCCACCACCACACUGCAGAGACCACCUGUACUGCAGAAAACCAUCGUGCUGGGAGGAAGUGCAACCACCUCGGGACAGCCGCUGGGGACUCCUACCGUGGUGCAGGCUGGAUCUGCAGCGACAGCAGUAACACAGAGGGAGACUUUGGAGAAUGUUAAAAAGUGUAAAAACUUUCUAUCCACGCUGAUCAAGCUGGCGUCCAGUGGGAAACAGUCCUCUGAGACUACAGCCAACGUCAAGAAGCUGGUCAAGAACCUGCUGGAAGGAAAGAUAGAGCCUGAAGAUUUCACCAGCAGCCUAUACCGAGAACUCAGCUCCUCACCGCAGCCGUACCUUGUGCCUUUCCUGAACAGAAGUCUCCCAGCGCUGCGUCAGAUGACCCCAGACGCGGAGGCCUUCAUCCAGCAGAGCCUGGGGCCUCAGGCCAGCAGCCAGCCUGCUGCAGCAGCCUCCACAGCUCUCACUGCCGUGGUGCUGCGGCGUCCUCUCUCCGCUGCCACCUUCACCACUGCAGCCACCGGCACUGCUGUGACCAAAACCACGGUUAUUAGCCUCCCUCAGACAUCUCAAACGAAACCUGGAGUGCAGGUUGCUCCACAGCAGCAGGGGAUGAUGGUGAGGCCACAGGUCACGCUGGCUCAGUCUUCCAUGCUAACAUUUAGAGGACAGCCUCAUAGCCACAUAAUCGUGACCCAGCCAAAGGCGGUGAAACAUCUGCAGUCAGUUCCUGCAGUAAAGCAGACCUUGGUUCCAGGUGCUAAAGGACUGCAAGUAAUUAGUCACAUCUCUGUCGCUGCUCAAAAGAACACGCUGAAUGAAGCAGGAGGGGGAAGCUACAGGGAUGAUGAUGAUAUCAAUGAUGUGGCCUCCAUGGCAGGAGUCAACUUGUGUGAGGAGAACGCCCGUAUCUUAGCAACCAGCUCUGAGUUCGUUGGCAGGGUGACUCGCUCCUGUAAGGAUGAGACCUUCCUCUCCACCUCUUUACUCACACGGAGAGCUUUGGAGAUUGGCAAGAAGUUUGGUGUCAGUGAGAUGGGCACAGAUGUGAUUAAUUACAUUUCCCACGCUGCACAGCAGAGACUUCAAACUUUGCUUGAAAAGACAUCACAAGUGGCACAGCAGAAGAAUAGAACCUUUAAGGAGGAUGAACGGCAUGUACAGGUCAGCGAUGUGCGAACCCAGCUCAAGUUUUUUGAGCAGCUGGAUCAGGUGGAGAAGCAAAGGAAAGAAGAGCAGGAGAGAGAGGUUCUCUUGAAGGCUGCCAAGUCCCGGUCACGGCAGGAGGACCCCGAGCAGCUCCGACUUAAACAGAAAGCCAAAGAGAUGCAGCAGCAGGAACUGGCUCAGAUCAGGCACAGAGAAGCCAACCAAACAGCGCUGGCAGCAAUCGGGCCGAGGAAAAAGCGGAGAAUGGACUCUCCUGUUAGGGGUUCUGGUGCAGAGGGCUCAGGGUCAGGCUCGUCCCAUCCAGGAGGCCCUGGAUCAGGCUCCAGACAUUUCAUGCGACAGCGCAUCACCAGAGUCAACCUCAGGGACCUGCUGUUCUGUCUGGAGAAUGAAAAAGGGGCCAGUCACUCACACCUGCUCUAUAAAGGCUUCCUCAAAUAGCGCCCACUGUCCUCGCUCAGAGGCGUCAUGGAAGCAGAGCCCACCAUCAUGUCAGACUCCCCCUCUGAUCGCCCACCAGCGGACCAUGAGGCGUCUGCGUGUGGGCAUCCUGAGAGCCUCCCCAGCACAGACCAGCAGAGAUGCAGAGAGCAGCUCCUGCCACUUGGCACCGGUUUCAGCUUUGCUCUUCACAGGCUGGUUGCACUCGGCCCCAGCUCACACGUGCACCGCCUCGUGCUGCACAUGCAAAAACCUCUUCAAGUCGAACUUCGGAGCUGAAAACUUUGUCAGCGUCAUUUGACUGACAUCUACGUUGUAGCAAGUCUUUGGGUUUAAUGUGCAACAUUCAGGUUUCAAAUGACUGCGGUGAGGCCGACUGUACUUUCUGAAAAUAAGCACUCUGUUAUUUAAGUUCUUUACAUAAGGUUUUACUUUAUCACAGAAUUCGAGCAUAGCUUUUAUGCCUGUGGAUUUUUUUACAGACUAAUCUUGACAGGUCUUGUCAUAAGCUGAGUUGCCUUCUUACCAGAUUAAGCCAUGAAUUAGGAUGGUUUUCUCAAUAUCAGUAAUAUAAUCUAUCUGACAGAUCUCUACAGAUUUUUACAGAUUCAUAUUUUAUUGUUUUGUUUGUCUCUGCCAAAAGAACAAAUGUGUAUUUUUGUCGAGUGUGCGUGUGACAUAAUCACAGGUGUCUGUUUGAACCCCGACCACUACGGUGUUUUUACUGUGAAGGUUUCUGACACAGCGGUCGAGAAAUUCUGCUUAGAACUCACAUUCUAGCACAUUUGCUACACAGAUUCCACAUAUUUUAAAUUCCUACUCGUCGUUUCAGAAGCACAGCGUUCUGACUAACCCCCCACCACCACCACCACCACCCCCACCUUGUCAGCAGUCAGCACUUUUCAUUAAUUUCUGCAGUCACUGUGUAAAAUCCAACUUAAAGAGCUGAAGCUUUUAUCACAGCCAACAUCCUUUCAAAGUAAUUAUUAUUUUCCAUUUUAUCAUGGCACGCACUGAUUUUUAAAGUCUGCAGAUUUUCCGGCACGUUAAAUGUCCUGGUAGUGAGCUAAUUGUCUGCUGAUGUAGAAGAUCUGAAAAACAGCAGUUGCGCUGUGGACCUCGUGUUUCGUCCAUUUUCCACGUUUGUAAAUCUGCACACUAAUAUUCUAGUAUAAUAGUAAAUUAGCCAGACUGUGUACUGUAGCUUAUGUGCUAUAAUGUGAAACGUAAUAAGUUCAGAAGAUCUGGUUGAUCAGCGUUUAUUUCUGUCCUUUACAUCUUUCCAGCUGUGGAUGAGACGUCAGACGCUCUGAUCCAUUCUUCCAGCAGCUGAGACGCUGAGCGCUCAUUUCAUCUUGUGUUACGGUGCACAGACUAAUUUAGCCCCUUCGUAUUGUUUGCCGUUUCAUGAGAAUGUUCAUGAGCCAGUGUUAUUACGGCGUGUACCUGUGUUUGCCAUUCGAGCCUUUCUCAGUUGCCAACGUUAAAAUGGAGAAAAUGAGUCUUAUUUUCUGCCUGUGUGUUAUGUCUUGUGUGUGAAUAUGACAAAUAAGAGGAAACAAUUCUCUUUUGCCAGUAUCUUGUAACUUUUGCACAUCUCCUUGUUUAUUUGUAAAUAUUUGAGUUUAAAAGAAAAGUUUCUAAUUGCUAUUUUGUAAUAGAUUGAGGAAGGAAGAUGUCUAUUAAAACAAACGCCAGUGUCUAUGCUAA